GGGACAUUCCAGACCAUGGAACACCAUGCUCGGCGGGCGUGCAGGGCAGUGCAAUGGCUGUCACGGCAAAAGAAUGCCUGGAGCUCCAGCUGCUGGAAGUGGAAAUGCUCCUUUCGAUGUUUCCCAAAAGCGGAGAAUUCAGUCUGGAUGCGGAUGCCGUGCCCAGCAUCCAGCGCUACCUGGAGAAUGCUGACGGAGCCCUGCCCCCGCAGCUGGAAUAUCGAAUCGCUGUCGAUGUAGGGGAGGCGAAGGUAAAGGUGGAAUUGCAGGUUCUCCUUCCUCAUAUGUACCCGCAGGUGGCUCCUCAGCUUUUUGCCAGAUCAGAUGCUCUGCACAGACAGCAGCAGUUGCAGCUCAAUACUCGUCUGGCGUCUCACAUCGGCUCUCUGGAGUCAGGAGAUCUGUGUGUAUGUGAGGCUGUGCAGUGGGUGAAGGACAACACCCUGCCUUUCUUGGAAAACUGUAAGGCCUCCUCUGAGUGUGCUCCUAAAGAAGUCAGAGUUAAGGAAAUGCUGCAUCGCAUGUGGAUCUACAGCCAUCACAUAUACAGGCAGGAACUGAGGAAAAAGAUUUUUGACUGUGCAAAGAAGUUAAAUCUGACUGGCUUCUGCCUAACUGGGAAACCUGGUAUCAUCUGUGUGGAGGGACUCCAAGAAAACUGUGAAGAGUUCUGGCGUAUUAUUAGAUAUCCCAACUGGAAGCAUAUUUCAUGCAAGCAUGUGGAGAAUAUAGAAACGGAGGGAAGCAUUGAUAAUCUUCGUCUCUUUCACAGUUUUGAAGACCUGCAGUUUCAGGCACAUGGUGAUUAUGGCCUGAGGAAUGACUAUCAUAUGGAUCUUGGUCAGUUUCUAGAAUUCCUGAAACAGCAUCAAAGUGGACACAUUUUUCAGAUUUUAUUUGGUGUUGAAGGCAAACUUUCAGACAAUUGAGAGAAACUGUUUAUGAAGAAAACUAAUUCUGGAGAGCAAGAGGUGUUGGUAACAUUGAAACUUUAAAGGGAAUCUUUAACAUCUGAGAUGAAUGAUUCAAGUAGUUAAUCUCAGCUUUUGUGCUGAACUGCCAUGUAUUUUUGAGAUGUCUUCACUGAUUUUCUAAGUAUCUAAAACUGGCAUUUGUUUCUAUGAGCCAUGCCUCAAAGCACUUGCAAGGUGAUAAACAUUCCAGUGUUAGGAAUUAUUCACUUCUGUCUGUUCAUCUGUACUGUGCUGUGUGAAUUUCUUCCCAUCUCAUCUAAAGCUAUUCUCUUGCAGUUUAAAACAUCUCCCCCUUGUGCUGUCACUGCAUGCACUUGUAAAAAAGUACCUUUCCAGCCUUGUAGGCUCCCUUUAGGUACUGGAAAGUACUAUAAGGUCUUGCUAAAGCCUUCUCUUCUCCAGGCUGAAAAAUUCCAAUUCUCUCAGCCAGCUGUCAUAGGAGAGAUGCUCCAGCCUUCUUACCAUUUUUUGUGGCCCUCCUCUGGACUUGCUC